AUGAACGAGCGUGGGGUACGUGUCAACAACAUCACAUGCCCAGUGUGCAGAAGCGAAUGGUGCGUACCCAGAGACGCCGGCGUAAACUGCGUGCCCGACAACCUGGAUCUGCAGCAGUUUUUGUCCAGCAUAUCUAUGGAGGGAGAGGAAACCAGCGAGGAGAGUGAUACAAAUGACAGUGAUGCAUAUGAGCCGCCGGUCAGCGACAUAGGUACGUCGGUUGGUGAGGAACAGCGGCCGGCGGCGCAAGAUCCACUACGUUUCGGCGCCGCACAACGCUUGCUGGCAACCGUUAUCGGAAAAGUAACCACUUUCAUUGCCAAACUUGUACGUUCAAAGAAGUUGUCGAAACGAGAAGGCAACGAUGAAGGCAAUGGCACUGUGAUCACCAAAAGAGCCUCAAGCUGGUUGCUAUUGGAGAACAUAAUGGAUGGGAAACUGGCGAUUCCUAACAAUGUUCUGGAAAAUGCGACACGCCCGCUUACCCCUAGGGAGGGUUCCUGCUACUAUUCGCAUCGCUUCACUGAACUGCGUGUCCAAUUUGCUCGUGUGGCAGCUGUGGCAUCAAAUAGGGGAACAAUACUACGCGACAGAAUACAGAAGCGCGAAGGCAGUAGUACGCAGCACGCGGGCACCUGCUCCCCAAGAGGUGCCGGCAAAUUCUCGUAA